AUGCAACCAUUCUUUCCUAUGACCAAUAUUGAUGGACUGUCCAAUCAAUACACCGAUAACCUCUACACCUACCAAGCUCGUCCAACAUGUUCAGGUGGAAAUCCACAGGGAUGUGGAUCGCGAUUCCUCUUCUGUGACUUCUCGCACGGUGCCGCACGCUGCGCGGCAAAGAUUGCAGUCGGAGGCAACUGUGGAGGAUAUUUUAACAAUGAGGAUCGUUGCUAUCUCAGCAUAUGUCAAAACAAUCGAUGUGUACCGACUACGCAACCACCUACUACCCAGCCCACCCAUCAUGACGACCACGCCAGCUGGACCAAGGCAAGAGGUACUGUUCCUACCUGCUUCAACGAGCAACAGUGUUGUGGCCCAUGGGCCAAUAACGGAGAAUGUCGGAACAACCCAUCAUACAUGAACCUAUGGUGCAGAGCAAGUUGCGGCAUCUGCCGACCGACUACCUACAAUCUCAAUGUCGAAUGUAACAACCGACAUCCGAUGUGCGCCACAUGGGCAGCUCGUGGUGAAUGCACCAGUAACCCGUCAUGGAUGAUCGAAAACUGUCGCCAGGCAUGCAAUCGAUGUGGCCAGACCAGGCAACAAGUGUGCUACGGUGGCGGCGGUUCCAGUGAGACAUUCUUAAGAUAUAUCGAUAGAAUCAAUCAUUUUUGUGGCAGAAAUUUUAUUGCGGUCUGGUUGAACCCUAGUCAAAAAAAACCCGGUUUUAAUUCACAAUUUCCUGCUAACCAAUGA